UACGAAUACAUUAAGGGGAGAACUUGAGAAGUGCAGUGCAGUUACCCUCUCCGCAUCAAUUCCUAUCCUUUCAACCAUACCAUAUAUUCAUUUUCAUUCAUCUAACCGCUGUCUUAUAAGUUGUGUUGUAUGUCUCAAAGGACACAAUCGCCGGUGCUCGCCGCCCGGAGAAUUAAGCCGCCGCAUCCGUUCCCGUCGCCCCGUCGAAGAACAAAGAACAAGUCAAAGCCUAUAAAGAUCUUGCAGCGCUGCUCAUCCGCGCCGCUGCUCUCAUGCCGUGAUAACGGUGACAAUGGCGGUAACGUUGACGGGCAUUAUUGGAGGAGUAGAGGCAGACUCUUCCGCCCUCAAACGUUUUCGGAUGCAUUUCUGUCUUCCCCUUCUCCGUUUUCCUCUCCGCGGAUUCACAGUAAUCAGGGGUACGACAAGGAAGAUAAGGUGGUGGUUAAUGUGACGGUUGAAGGAAGUCCAGGACCAGUCCGAACCAUGGUUAAACUGGGGUCCAGUGUGGAGGAGACAAUAAAGCGUGUGGUCGAUAAAUAUAGAGAAGAAGGGAGGAGCCCCAAGAUCGAUGUUAAUAUGGCAUCUUCAUUCCAAUUGCAUCACUCCUAUUUCAGUCUCCAAAGUUUGGAUAAAUCAGAAGUGAUUGCGGAUGUCGGUAGCAGAAGUUUUUAUCUGCGGAGAAGUGGGGAGGCAUCUACUUUGAAUUCAUUUCAUUCGGAAAGUGCUCCCCAAUUAGUCACGCAUGGUUCUGUUCCUACCAUUGCAACUCCUCCAUUCUUGAUCCCGUCUUUCAUUGCCCGUAAGAUUAGCAAAAUUGUGAGAAGAGCUCGCAGGCUUUGGAAGAUCGUGGUUUGUUCGCCUUGAGAGACAACCGAAAUACUGUAGUAUUUUGGGCUACUUCACCUCAUGACACAAAAGGCAACCAUUUUUAACCUGCUGUUGCUUUUCAACCUUUCAUUUCCACCCUCUGUAUUCGAUCUACAUAUAUUUAUUUGUUCAA